CUCGGCGGCGGGCUCAUGGCGCCGGGGGCGCGGCCGCUCUUGCUGCUGGCGGUGUGGACGCUGGCGGCUCUGGCCCAGCGCGGCGCGGGAGAAGCGGGCGACGGAGGGUGGCAGCGGCGCGGGCCCGGGGCGCCGGCGGCCCUGGCAGAGGAGCAGCGCUGCGCCGUGGAGCGUCGGGCCGACCUCAGCUACUCCGAGUUCGUGCAGCACUACGCCUUCUCCAGACCCGUCAUCCUGCAGGGCCUCACAGACAACUCGAGGUUCCGGGCUCUGUGCUCCCGAGAAAGGCUCCUGGCCUCGUUUGGGGACACCGUGGUUCGCCUGAGCACUGCCAAUACCUACUCCUACCGGAAAGUGGACCUGCCCUUCCAGGAGUAUGUGGAGCACCUGCUGCAUCCCCAGGACCCUACCUCCCUGGGCAAUGACACCCUGUAUUUCUUUGGGGACAACAAUUUUAGCGAAUGGGCAUCGCUCUUUAAGCACUACUCCUCACCACCAUUUAGUCUGCUGGGUACCACUACCGCUUACAGCUUUGGAAUCGCAGGAGCUGGUUCUGGGGUGCCCUUCCACUGGCACGGGCCGGGGUUCUCAGAGGUCAUCUACGGCCGCAAGCGCUGGUUCCUGUACCCCCCGGAGAAGACACCAGAGUUCCAUCCCAACAAAACCACGCUGGCCUGGCUUCAGGACAUAUACCCAACUCUGGUACCAUCUGCAAAGCCCCUGGAGUGCACCGUCCAGGCUGGAGAGGUGCUCUAUUUCCCUGACCGAUGGUGGCAUGCUACACUCAACCUGGACACCAGUGUGUUCAUCUCUACCUUCCUCAACUAGCCAGCUUGGGCGGCUGGUAGUCCGGGAUAUCUCGCUUCUGCAGCACGUGGGGUGACAUUAGGCACCGGGAUGGGAACAGUGCUCCAAUUCCUGCUACCCAGAGGACAGACAGCUUACCUUUCUCUUCUCAUCCACCUGGGAGAAAAGCUCAUCCAUGUCUGCUAAGUACUUGUCCUG